CAAGCACAAGUCCGCCGACAAUGGCAUCGAUGACAUUGAAAAAUAUCAACCCGAACAUACUCAAGGUGGAGUACGCUGUUCAAGGUCCCUUAGUGGCUCGAGCUGGUGAAAUAGAAGAAGAAUUAAAAAGGGGAGUGGAAAAACCAUUCAAGAAUGUAAUAAGAGCGAACAUUGGAGACGCACAAGCCAUGGGACAGGUUCCAAUCACAUUUAUAAGACAGGUACUAGCUUGUAUUUCGUAUCCAGAACUCAUUGGAGAAGGAAAUUUUCCUGAAGAUGUCAAAGAAAGAGCUCGAGAAAUCUUAAACAGUUGCAGUGGGGGCUCGAUAGGAUCUUAUUCAGCACCGUACGGUAUUGAUCACAUCCGACGCCACGUCGCCGAGUACAUCGAAAGACGAGAUGCCUUGCCGGCUAACUGGCAAAAUGUGUUUCUCUCUGCCGGCGCGUCCACAGCGAUAAAGUAUUGUUUGCAACUAUUUAGUAACGAUACGCAUGGGAAAAAGAAUGGUGUUUUGACUCCCAUUCCUCAAUACCCAUUAUAUUCUGCUUGCUACGCGAAGUACGGCCUUACCCAAGUGGGUUAUUAUUUGGACGAGACCACUAACUGGAGUCUCAGAAUUGAAGAGUUAGAGCGACGAAUAAACGAGGCUGAGAAGAGGUGCAAUGUGAGGGCACUUGUGGUUAUUAAUCCAGGAAAUCCAACGGGACAAGUUUUAAGUCGUAAUAAUAUGGAAGAUAUUAUCAAAUUCGUCUACAAGCACAAUUUACUUCUUAUAUCUGAUGAGGUCUACCAACACAAUAUAUAUGCUGAAGGUAUCCAAUUCUUCUCUUUCAGAAAGGUUAUGAUGGAACUAGGCGCACCGUACUCAUCGAUCGAGCUGGCUUCGAUCAUGUCGGCAAGUAAGGGCUACAUGGGAGAAUGCGGUCUGCGUGGAGGCUGGGUGGAGCUCACCAACUUCCAUCCCGAUGUACAAGCGCAACUGUAUAAGUUCAUGUCGGCCAUGGUGUCACCGAAUAUAUUGGGGCAGGCCGCCAUUGACUGCGUGGCUAAGCCACCUUUACCUGGAGAGCCAUCAUAUGAUUUAUGGCUGCGCGAAAAGGCAUCAGUGCUUGCGUCCCUUAGAGAACGCGCCAAGAUGAUAACUGAUGGCCUUAACGCAGGCCAGGGAUUCAAAUGUAACAUAGUGCAGGGAGCAAUGUACGCGUUUCCUACUAUUAUUCUGCCUCCGAAGGCCGUUGCAGCAGCUGAAGAAGCCAAACAACCACCUGACGUUUUCUAUGCUUACAGGCUCUUAGAAGAAACUGGUAUUUGCGUGGUUCCUGGCAGCGGGUUCGGCCAGGCUCCGGGAACUCAUCACAUUCGAAUGACCAUUCUGCCGAAGACGGACGAUCUUCGCACUAUGAUUCAUAGUAUUAAAACCUUUCACCAGAGCUUUAUCGAGCGAUAUACCUAAUAAUGAAGCUACGUACAUACUCGCUAUGUAAAAAUUAUGUAAAACAUUUACAAUUGUGAGUGAACGGAAAAGGUAAAAAAAUGUAACCAUGAUAAUGGUACAAGUUUGCUUUCGAACAGGAGUUGGAUACGGGAUACACAAUAAACAAAUAACUUCUGUCUCCUCAUUAAAUGUUUCACUUUAUUGUUCACGUUUUGUUUUAUAAAACAUAAACAAAUCAUGAAAACAGCUAUUUAUUGCUUAGAAUUUGUUCCUUAACCUGGUACAUUCUACUUGUUUUAUCAUCAGAUCACAAUAUACAUAUGAUAAUGUUGUAAAACUUUUAUCAGUAGGUUAAUAGCAUCACCUCGUGAUUAACUACGAUACCAAUAUUAUGAAACGACAAGUUUUACGAGGCUGAAUUAUUAUUUUUGGAUAAUGACUAGUGAAUAAAGACCAAUGAAGGUUAUCAAAGACUGUAACGAUGGUCUCUAUGAAGUCUGUGUACACUGGCGUCUGAGACAAGGGAUGAAUAUCUAUAAAUUUUAACGUGAUUUUUAUAUUUUAUCAUCGAUGUGUAAAAAAAAAUAACGAACAAGAUUUAUAUUAAAUAUGUCCGGUAUUUUAUAUAUGUUAAAAUUAUGAUUUCAAUAAUUGUAGAAGAUCAUUAAUUUUUUAAAUGAAAUUAAAUGAACUGAAAUACUCCUGACUUCAGCUGUCACUAGAGGAAGAGGAAAAUAGACAUUUAAAUAUAUUUUAUUUUCUGCUUCCAAUCCCAUACACGUCGUUUAAAAUUUUAACUUUCAACUGUAGGUUCGUAUUAUUUUACAGAAGCCUAAUUCUGUGAUGCGAUGAAUGAUCAAGUGUGCGGGAACAUAUUUUUUUUAUUAGCGUUUACUUUACGGUGCGAAAUCAAAUAAAUAUGUAUGCUGGUUUAAAAGUCACAUUCUUGCAACCAAAUUGCUUUUAAUUCAUGCAUAAAAGUAUUUUACUGAUAACUUUAAGACAUUCGUUAUAAUGUAUAAGCGAUAAGUGUUGUGUUGUCUUAGCGAGAUGAACUUUUAAUUUUUGACAGCGGUUAGGAGAUUUUUCAUGUAUAAUUAUUAUGAACGGAAAUAAAACUUUUAA